GUUCAACUGAAAAUAACGCGGUUGAGCUCGAGGUGGCAGUGGUGGACUGUGAACUGUCAGUGAGGUUAAGAAAACACUUCUGUUGUGGUUAUGGGAGACUGAGUACUGGUUCAUGUAGAUGGCUUAAACGUUAAACUGAACCCUGGAAGAAGCAGUGUCUGUUAGAGCGGUCAGAGCUUAGGCGCUUGAACUUUGAUUGUUACAGUCAGCGGCGCGUGAAGGAGCCGUUAAACCAUCAUCAGGAAGGAGAAGACGCGUCACCGCCCGCUCGGAGCUCUCUCUCUCUCGACAGGGGACGACAGAACACGGUCCGCGGCCAUGGCUGCCCUCGGUAACUCGGGGACUGUUACGUCCAGUCCGAUGGUGGUCCUGGCGCCCAAGACGAAGACGAAGAAGAAGCACUUUGUUCAGCAGAAGGUGAAAGUGUUUCGAGCCAGCGAGCCCAUCGUGAGCGUGUUCAUCUGGGGCGUGAAUCACUCGAUCAAUGAUCUCAGCCAGGUUCCUGUUCCCGUCAUGCUCCUGCCUGAUGACUUCAAAGCCAACACUAAGGUCAAGGUCAACAACCACCUCUUCAACAAAGAAAACCUUCCCGGACAUUUUAAGUUCAAAGAAUACUGUCCUCAGGUUUUCCGAAAUCUAAGGGAACGUUUUGGUAUCGAGGAUCUGGACUAUCAGGUGUCUUUAACCCGCAGCCCCCCGGUGAGAAGUGCAGACGAUCAGGGAGAGAGUCUCCUCCUCAACUCCUAUGACCGAACUCUUGUCAUCAAGCAGAUCUCCAGCGAAGACGUUGCAGAUAUGCACAACAUUCUGUCAGAGUAUCACCAGCACAUCGUGAAGUGCCACGGCAGCACGCUGCUGCCCCAGUUCCUGGGAAUGUACCGAGUGAGCGUUGACAGCGAGGAGGCGUACCUCAUCGUCAUGAGGAACAUGUUCAGCCACAGGCUGGUGGUGCACAGGAAGUACGACCUGAAGGGCUCUCUGGUUGAUCGUGAAGCAAGUGACAAAGAAAGGGAAAAAGAGCUUCCAACCUUUAAGGACAUGGACUUCAGGAACAACAUGCAGAAGGUAUACGUUACAGACGAGGAGAAGGAGAAGUUCAUGGAGAAACUCAACAAAGAUGUAGAGUUCCUGGUGAAGCUGAAGAUCAUGGACUACAGCCUGUUGCUCGGCAUCCAUGACAUCGGCCGAGCCGAGCGGGAGGAGGAGGAGAGCGGGGAGGUGUCCAACGAGGAGGAAGCCGAGUCGGAGAACGGGCUGGCUCCGGGCCCCGCCGCAGGUUCUUACGGAACGUCUCCUGAAGGGAUCGCUGGUUACAUGUCGUCCUGCAAGCCUCUGGGGCCGGGCGAGUUCGACCCCUAUGUGGAUGUUUACGCCCUCCGGAGCUGCCCAGGCGCCCCGCAGAGGGAGGUCUACUUCAUGGGCCUGAUCGACGUUCUCACACAAUACGAUACCAAGAAGAAAGCCGCUCACGCCGCAAAAACGGUCAAACACGGGGCCGGGGCUGAAAUCUCCACGGUCCAUCCUGAGCAGUACGCCAAACGCUUUCGGGACUUCAUCUCGAAGAUUUUUGCGUAAGCCUCCGCCUGCGGACGCUGCCAGAAGUCAUUCCAGCCUUCGACUGUAGAUCAUCACUAGUAUGCACACAUGGAUCAAUAUUUAAAUUAGGUGACAAGACAAAACUUGUAGCAUUAUGAGGCAUAUAUUUAUUUUGAAGAUAUAUAUAUAUAUUUCUUUAGGUAUUGAACACUGUUGGGAACAGUAGUGUGUGUGGGAAAUGGGAGCACUUUUGAUCAUGAACUGAUGGGGGUUUGAAUAGUUUUUUGUUUGUUUGGUUUUUUUUUUUCAUUUUGGUUUUCAAACAUUAAACUAAAUAAAGUUACGAUAAAUAGUCAAUGCACAAUAAAUAUUUAGAUUAAUUUUUUCCAAAAGGAACUGCUCUGGUUUGGAGAGUCUGGUUGGAUGUUUUCUUUUACUUCGUUUCCACUGAGUGGUACAGUGAUAAUAUCCAAAAAUAUCAAUAUUGUUGAUAUAAUAAUACCUAACCUUUUGAAUUAGGGAAACCUUACAAUCAAGGUUUAGAUUGCAACAAUGUUAUUCCAGGAAUUCCAGGACGUUUAGCUUUACAGCUAUAUUCUCUGUACAAUGGCUGCUGGAAAAGACAAGUGUUUUGUUGUUUACUUAUCACCCAGAAGCCACUUGUUGCAUUCUUGUUGGUUGUGCAGAAGGUUCCACUUCUCAUUCAGCUCAUUCUGACUAAAACUGUGAUAUCUAAAAUGACUUUGUGCAAAACAAAUGCAACGUAACAUGUUCUGUGAUCCAUCCUAACCUGUUCAAUGAAGCUUAAUGCAACCGUGGAAUGAUUUGAUUCAGUUCGCUUUUACACCGAAAGCAGACGAACCGCUCAGUCGAAACGAAGCGCUACAUUGUGUGAAGUACGAUCAAUCGCUCGUGGUUGAAUCUUGAAGGACUUCUGACAGCUGAGCCAAACAUGAAGCUUAAAAACAGAAGCACAAGAGUGUCUUUGUUCCCAGUAACGUCUCAAACUUCCAAUCUCGCCAUAUUUUAACUGAAAACAGACGCCAAAACAAAAAUAACCUGCAAGAGUCACAGAUACUCAGAACUGGUUAAUUAUGAACAGAGCUGAGCUGUUUGCUGCUUCCAGUCUUUAUGCUAAGCUAAACAUUUACCAUUAGUUUGUGGAAACACAAGCCGUUUCCCAGAAUUAUUCCCUAAACCUUUAAAUGAAUAAUAGAUUUGUCAUUUAGAAUAAAGCAGCUUUUAGUAAACAUUCAUCCAUAGAAGCAGGUAUUUGUAGUUCUUAGUGCCAAAAGCUUUAUCAUAGCAGAUAUUUACAUUUUGCCAAUUAAUCUGACCUUUUUUUGUUUUGUUUAAGGGGGGGAAGUUUGAAGGAUCAAAUACUAAUUCUGCUGCAUUUUUUAUCUAAAUUUGUAGCAUGUUGUCAGAGAUUGAUGGAAACCAAGCAAUCAUAUCUAAGCCUGUGAACAUGUCUUCCAGCUGUUUAAGCCUCUGAACUAAUGAGGAGCUCCUUUGUGAGGAGACUGGUCCAGAUUCCGGGCCGCCGGGUCUCCAUUCUGGUUCUGAUUGAAUAGUGUGGUGGUUUGUGCGUUUAAGUGGCAAAUGUGUGUGUUAUUAUUCUGAUUCAAGGUUAAAAUUAGGCGAUACUCUCUAGAGUCACACUACAUUUUAUCAGCUUGGCCUUAACACAGUGAGGUUUUGAGCUUUCCUGACAGCAGGUGAGGCAAAAUGAAUGCAGAUGCUUCGUCUGUAUGAUGCCUCGUCUAAACGUUAGCUGCACAUGAUGUAUUUUUUGCAAAUUAGCUUUUGGACCAAAUUAUAUUUUACAAAGAUUUUUCCAGAAUCCAUUGGAACGCAUUUCCCUGGGAAAUGUGUGCGAGCGCUUGAUGACUGGUGAAAAUGAGUUCUGGAUCUGCCAGUGGUUUUCAGAGUCCGGAUUGACUUCGUGUGACACUUUCGUCUUAGAAAUACCUCAAGUUUUUAAAUGUCCAGAGGAGGAACGCUGUUGAUUUUUGUUGUUGUUGUAAAACAUGUACUCUGACAUCAUUCCUCUUAUCCAGUGAAUCAUCUGUUCAACAUGAUUUUGACUUCUUCCUUUUGUGUCUGGAUAACGUGUUUUUCAUGUACUUUGUAAGCUAAAGUAAAAAUGUGCAAGUGUCAGCUUUUACAUGUAACAAAACUAUUUUAGGGGGCAACGUAUUAAACUUGUAAACUUUGUUUUUGCUUUUAUUUGACACUAAAAACUGUCAGUUUUGUGUGAAGCAUAUGGAGUGAUUUUAUUUUAUGUUUUCUUUGAAUUUAAGGAGAAAUAAACAUUUUGUUCUGUUAAUAUG